CCUCCGCCGGCCGCGCUCCGGGAACCGGGAACCGCAGGCCGCCGCCGCCUCUUCCUCCUCCGGCAUCCCGGCUGCCGCCCGCCCCUGCCCGCAGCGCGCAGCCCCGCCGGACGCCAGCCCGAGCCUCGGCGGAGCGCCGUUUCCUCCCGGCGGGGAUCAUGUCCGCCGGGCAGCCGCAGCCGGACGAGCCGCCCGCGCCGCCGCUGCCACCGGGCACCAACACCGGCGAGGCCGCGGGGACGGGGCCGCCCUGCGCCGCCGGCCUGGCCGGGGGCGACAUCAAGAUGGAGGAGUCUUUUGAUGAUGCAUCGCUGGCAAAACAAAAAGAAAUCCAGGAAACAGAUCCUACAUAUGAAGAGAAAAUGCAAACAGACAGAGCAAACAGAUUUGAGUAUCUGUUGAAGCAGACUGAGCUCUUUGCUCAUUUCAUUCAACCUGCUGCUCAGAAAACUCCGACUUCACCUUUGAAAAUGAAACCUGGGCGUCCACGAAUAAAGAAGGAUGAGAAACAGAAUUUACUGUCGGCUGGCGACUAUCGGCACCGUAGAACAGAGCAGGAAGAGGAUGAGGAGCUGUUGACAGAAAGCUCCAAGACAACAAAUGUUGCACUCGAUUUGAAGAAUCUCCAUCAUAUGUGAAAUGGGGAAAGCUGCGUGAUUACCAGAUCCGAGGACUGAACUGGCUCAUUUCUCUGUAUGAAAAUGGCAUCAAUGGCAUCUUGGCAGAUGA